UUAUUUCACAUUUGUGUGAUUAACUAUCAUCAUUAUUUUUCCUCUUGAUUGUCAGAUGUGGCCGAUAUAACACCAGUAGCUGCUCAAAUCAACUGAGAACCACGGAGUAACAGUGAUGCUGUUUCAUCUUCUCUUCAUGUCACUGGUUAGCCAGGGGCUAUCAGUGGAGAGCUAUGGAAAAGACUUCAUCACGGCAUUCCCGGAGAACAUUGCCAACUACCAUCCACAAGAGUCCUCCAACACGCUCCAAAUUACUGCUUUCUACGGCGACACCACCGUCUCGAUCACCGUCAACCGCACAAACGUAUAUAAUGAAAAGCUACAGUCUGGCCAGACUAAAGUUGUACAUUUUCCCAAGUAUGUCGAGCAAUAUCAGUUCACACGCUCCUUUUAUUCUGUCAGAAUCAAUAGCAACAAAUUGAUCGUGGUUCUUUGGAUCAGUCAGCGAGGCGACAGCGUGCAGUCUUAUUUUGUUCAACCUGUAAAGAAUCUCGGAAAGCUGUAUUCAAUCCCCUUUAUCAAUUACAAUCAGAUGCUGGCGUCCUUGUACAACAGGGCAGCACUGAUAGCUCUGGACAACUGGAGAUGCAUCAUUAUCAAUGCUGGGAACAUCAUGAACGCCAUCUCCAUCCAAACAGUUAGCAUGAAUGCUCAACAAGCCUUUAACUUUACGCUCAGCCCGUACGAACUUUACCAGUUCCAAACCAACGGGUCAGAGAUUAAAGUGUACUCUAGUAACACCGUGGCUGUGCUGUUGACCCAUCCGUGCGUUGAAACUUCCUCGUGUGUUUGCAACAUGGUGACGAACCACGUUCUCCCCGAAAAUCUGUGGGGUCAGACUUUUGUUGUGCCAUCGGUGAAGAACCUGAAUUCAACUUGGCUGAAAGUGACAUCCACAACGAAUCUCAUGCUCAGAGGUCAGAAUAUAAAGAUUCUAGCCUCAAAUUCAGGUCUAAUUUCCUUCCCGUACCUCGAAAGUGGACCUCAGCUCAUCACUGCAUCAAACUAUGUGUCCAUCAGGCUUAUCAGUCCAGGCCUCAUCUUAGAACUCAUGCCAGAAAGCAUGUUUGCUGCCUGUUACCUGCUGCAGAUGAACUCAACGGCGGCUGAGGCCUUGAUCAUAGCUGAAACAGCCAGUAGAGGAGAUGUGUAUGUAGACGCCGGUUUGCUUUCAUCCACUGACUGGAAAACUGUUGCCAAUUCAAACUACUCUUCGGUAUCAGUGUCGCUUAGAGGCACGCAUAUCAUCUGGCAUCCAGCCUCCAGGAUCGGAGUGUACAUGUUUGAGAGAAUGGAGAGUGGAAUUCCUUACGGAGGCCCAGCUGUGAUUUUAAAUGAAGAUCCAGAUCGUGAUGGCUGUAUGGCAGAUCCUGCACUAUAUAAGACCACUACUGAUGUCAUGACGUGGCCCGAGUCCCAUGAUUACUGCUUAAAUGCAACUUUACAGCUGAGCAUAGCAAGCAGCGCAAGGGCCCAAAGGGAGAUGACCAGCUUUCUGCUAAAAGACGGCGGCCCCAGGUACUUCUGGAUCGGGCUGCGGCGCAGUCUGCUCACAUUACAGUGGUACUGGAAGAACGGCAAUGAUGGCGAAUACAGCGUGAACUACACGAAGUGGGCCGAUGGGCAUCGAGAGACCCCCUGGAAAUCUUUGUGCGCUUCUGUGUCGCAGGACGCCAACAAGGAUUUCUCCUGGAAGAGUGUGCCCUGUUGCUCUAAGAUGAGGCCCGUCUGCUACAAAAAGGCCCUAUACUUCAGUGAUUUGACCUUUGAUUCACUGGAUAAUCAUUUUUACAUCGUUAACCAAAAGGUCUGUCCUUUAUAUCCAUGUAAUUUAUUUUUAUUUGAAUUCAAUGACUAGAUCAAAAUCUAAUUUCUCAAUUAUAUAAAACCUUUUGCUAUUACAUGUCUGUUAUUAUGCAUAAUGUAAAGCCAUUUUAACACUUUUUUUUUUUAACAUUAAAAUAUGUGGAUCUUUUAAAAAACGCAAUAAAAUAUGUUAUUGUCCAUGAUAGUUAAUGAAAUAUUUUAUGGCGUACUGUUAUCGCACAAACUGAAUAGGCUCUCAAGCUGGACAACUGUAAAAACUGUUGUAAUGUCAGAUGUAAUGUAGGGUGAUCUAAAGUGAAGGCACCUAAAGUGAAAUUAGUUAAGCUGAAUACAAGUAUAUGUCAUACGUUCACAAUGCUCUUGAAAAGGGCCACUCCUUCAAGCCUGUUUGGCUU